AUGAGAGUUUAUGAUGCGUUGUUGAUGGAUUCUAGGCCGGGGAUCGUCAGGAUUUCUGAUAUUCCGGAAUUUGAAGGUGCAAAUGGUAGCGAGAACAAAAUUCUGGUAGCCAGAGUGAUAAAGGAGAUAUUCGGCAGUACCUUCGCAGCACCUCCAAAUUCCACAAACGAAACAACCGAUCUACACGACCCUUACAAAACUCCAAGCGAGAUCGAAGUACAACUUCCACAUGCCUUCGCCUCUCAGCACCUUCUUCCCCCCCCCCCCCCCCCCCCCGCAUUCAGGCCUGCACCACACUCACGACCGAAAGCACCCACAUCUUCGUAUCCCGUACCGCCAUCUUCUUCACCCUCGUAG